GUAUGGCAUUUUAUAAAAUAUGAAAAAAUUACCCGCAGCCAUUUCACAUAUUCCACGUUAUUAUCAUGGCUUACUGUGUUUUUAUGGUCGUGCUCACUAUGUGCUUGGUGCUUUCCAAACACUGAACUCUGAGGAGCUUACAAUGUAAGGAUAGACAAGUGCAUGGAUUUUAGGGGAAAGGGAACACGUGUGAAAGAUAGGCCUUUUCCUGCAAUAUCCUUGGGAGACCUUAUUAGAUUAACUUUAAAUAUCUUUGGGGUCCAUUGUAUGAAUGGUUUGUUUUAUUGUGGGCUGGGAUUGUAGGUAACCCCUCGGUGGAGAGGGGAUGCUAUGUGAGACCAGGGUGUUCAAAGGACUAUAUUGAACAAUGUGCCACACAAGAACGCACUUUUGGAACCAAGUGUGUUAAGUGGUUUCCCUGGGGAAUCUGUAGGGGGGUGGUGAAUGCAAAUUUCCCACCUGCGAUUAUGCCGAAACUCAGCCCUUAGAAGCUGUGCCUUCAAGGGUGGGCCAUUGUAUGCUGAUUACUUGUUACAAGAGAUCAAGAUCAAAGACCCAAGCUGUAUAAAGGAAUGACUGAGCUAUUCAUUGUAGCUUUGAAUCUGAGACAGUUAUGAACUUGUAACCAUGGGGGAAAUCCAGAUGUGGGUUUUGAAGCACUGAUACCUAUCAGAGAACUAGAUUGGAGUUGGGGGGUAAUCUCUGGUAAACUUUUUGUAUGUGUGUAGGUUCUUUUAUUGUUUUCAUAUGUUUUCUUUAUAAUGCUCACACUUUAAGAAUAAAUGUGCUUGCUUAGAAAGAUCUGGUAACUUAUUACUGUGGCAAUUAUACUCUUUUUAGCCUCUGGGGAGAAAGCAAAGUGCAGACGCUAGCUUGUUUAGGCAGUCUGGCUUGCUGAAAAUAGCACAGUUUAGGUAGGGAACUGUGCAGCCUGGGAAAACCACAAUCAGGAGGGAGAGGGACAUGGGCCUCUGAGAACCCUUGAGUGAGUGCCCUUAGUAGACCAUAGAGGAGGAAUAUAGGCAACAAGCACAACAUGCUUCUCACAUACAGGUCAUUUUAAUUCACUGUCAGCACCAUGGCAGGAGUCUUCAAGAGGAAUUUGGUUGUGGCAGGGCCAGGGCACUGCAGAUGAGCUUGAGCUGUACCACACAUAGGUGUCCAUGUGGAUGAAGGCAUGGAGGUGGUUUCAUGAAAAACUGAAGGAAAAGUGAACAAGGCUGAGAGCAUUGGUAGAGCAGAGGAUACUGUCCCUGUCAAAUGUGUGGUGCUGAGUCACAUGAAUUAACUUUAUUCUGAUCUCAGUUCCACUUAAAUUUCAGAACUGACUAGCUUCAAGCAGAAGCCAAUUUUUUUAAAAAGCAAUCUGCCAUAGAAAUGCUUCUAGAAACAGAAGGCAACCUCCUCCCACCCUUGUCUCAAAGGCAUGUGGCUCUGAGAUGCAAGCUAGGCAAUAUGUUAUAUAUAAAAUUCUUCCUCUAAAGCUUGUGCAGUUGUGGUUCUGUGCUAAGGAAGCCUGGCUUUAUAGAAAUAAUAAAUAUUGGCACUAACUGUUUUCUCAAACUUCUUAAAAUACAAUUUCUGUAGUACAUACAGGCUAUGUCAAAUGUCUGACUGGGGUAGUAUUUUAUCAUUUUUUUAUUGGCGUGCAUUUUGGAUGAAUUGCGUAACUUGUGAUGGGCCUGUUCCACACUCAGGAUGACUAAGGGUACAUCUACGCUGCAAUUAGACACCCAUGGCUAGCCCACACCCGCAGACUUGGGCUAAGGGGCUGUUUAACUGUAGACAUUUGGGCUCAGGCUGCUGCCCUAGGUCUGGGACCCUCCACAUUUGCAAAGUCCUAGAGCCCAGGCUUCAGGCCAAGCCUGAAUGUCUACGCUGCAGUUAAACAGCCCCUGAGUCUAAAUCCCAGGAGCUUAAGUCACGGGCCAGCCAUAGGCUUUUAAUUGCAGUGUAGACACACCCUAAAACCUCUUCACCACACUGUCACGUAUUCCUUAUAUCUAUUAUAUAAUGUCACGGUAUUUUAUCACUGCUUGUUGCAUUAAACUGUUUAGGCUAAAAUUUUGCCAGCCCUUAUGAACUGUGUGUGUGAGGAUGGAAUAAGGAGCCUUCCCUCAAUCAUUGCCCCAGCAAAAUGGGGAACUCCAGGCAGAACUGCGCCUUGUGGAGGCAAGAGCCUCCCAAUGCUUUGGACUAUUCUACUAUAGACUGCGGCUAAACUCAUGUAACCCUUUGUCCCCUUUCCCCUCCCAGUCAUGCUUAAAAUACAAACAGCCGCAAUGUCUGAUGUAUUUGCAAUUUGCAGGUGAAACCAUGUGGAAAAAGUAACCAUUAUUUCUAUGGGUCAAUUUAGGAGCAUAGUCCAUAGUUCUGCUUCAAAUGCAGACUCUCUCAAGGUAAACUAAAAGGAUCAGAAGGGCACAUUAGAAUGGUGGUCACGUUUCUGAGUUAUGCUGUCAUCCCAUUAAACUGAAACACAGUUCUCUCCAUUAAUUUCUUACAUAAGGCAAGACAUCCCAAUUAAUAUUGACACAUUUUAGAAAGACAAAUUUUCAUAAUAAACUUUGUGGCCACCUGUUACGGGUUUUGGUACAUUAAUCAUGCUGCUUUUUAUGAUAAACAUAGAAUCGUGUCCUUGUCCUUGUUGCCCUUUCUUUUUCGUUUCAAGGCAAACCAGUUUUUAAGUAUAGUGUUACUGUGAAGGGUGGAGAGAGAAGUGAAACUGUUUUUCCAGGUAAGCAUAUACAUUAAUUCUUUAAAUUGCUUUUGGAAACAGGAAACACAUUACUGGUUGCUGCUAGCAUAAAACAACUAAAUAUUUUUAAUUAUGUAAGCGUGUUUUUUUAUUAUUGCCUAAUCCAAAUUCCUUUCAACUAUAGCUUUCUUAAGGUAGGACAGAGCAGUAAGUAUGGGCCUGAUUGCUAUUUCCAUUGAAAUCAAUGGAAGUGCUUUCGGUGACUUCAGCAGGAAUGGGAGUGGGGAAUUGUAACUGAAUUCAAAAUAUAAUUCUGCAACUUAACGUAUUAGGGUUUAAAGCCAUUAAAGUCAAUGGAAAACAUCCAGUGAUUUUCAGUGGACUUUGGAUUAUGAAUUUAGUGUAGCCUAGUUGAAAUGGAUAGUUAGGGGUUUAGGCUGAGAUUGCUCAAAGCAGCCUAAGGGAGAUCCCUUAGACUCCUUUGAAAAUUCCAACCUCUAGUUUCUUAACAUGAUUCAGGUUUAUACUCAAUGCUGACGUCAUUAGAAGUAUCCUCCCUCUUGUCUGCCCUUGGUGCUUGCACAGCUGGAAUUUAACAAUUCCAAAGUAACUCUUGAGCAGAAAGGAGUCCAUUGAAUUCCGGGCUUCAUUUCCAGAGGGGAAAACGCUGCAAUAAACUGUGCUACAAUGAGAAGUGCUUUAUUUCAAAGCCUUCUCUUGAUUACAGCUGGAAUGUCCUCAACUUGCAGCCCCAUCUCUAAUCUUAUGGCUGAUAGCACUACACAACUUGCAGUGGAUCUCUACCAAGUUCUCCAUUGUUCUCCUGAAGAGGAGAACAUCAUACACUCGCCACUUGGUGUUGCUUUACUUCUUGGAACGGUGCAGUUGGGGGCAAAGGGAAAAGCACUUAAUGAGAUAACACAAGCUUUGAAACUGCAAGGAAAUAAAGAUGAUGAAGAAUUCUCUCUGCUCCAGACACUUUUCUCUGUCACCUCAGAAAAGAAAGAAUUUACAUUUAAUCUUGCCAAUGCCCUCUACCUUCAAGAAGGAUUCAUUGUAAAAGAACAGUAUCUCCAUAGCAACAAAGAAUUUUUUCCGACUGCUAUAAAACUGGUGAAUUUCCAAGACACAAAAGCUUGCACAGAGGCCAUAAGUACCUGGGUGGAAAACAAAACAGAUGGCAAAAUAAAAAAUAUCAUUUCAAGUGAAGAAUUUGGUCCUCUCACUAGGCUUAUUCUGGUGAAUGCUAUUUACUUCAAAGGAGACUGGAAGCAAAAGUUCAAACCAGAAGCUACUCAUGAGAUGGAUUUUACUAAGAGAGAUGGUUCUGUAACUAAGAUACCAAUGAUGCAUCUUCAGCUGAGAACAAAGUUUGGUAAUGUAAAAUAUGCAUGUCUGCAUGGUGACCAUAAAAUCAUAUAUAUUUUGUUUACUGCAGCCCAUGAUUUUGUCUUUAUUCUAGGUCAUUUUUCUGACAAUAAUGUGAGCUACCAAGUGUUGGAAUUACCUUACAAAGGGAAGGAGUUCAGCUUAGUUUUAACACUUCCUUUAGAAGAUGUAACUAUAGAAGAAGUAGAAAAACUAAUUACAGCUCAGCUGAUAAAAGACUGGUUUGCUGAAACACAAGAGGAAGAGGUAGAAAUAAGCCUCCCUAGGUUUAAAAUAGAACAGACAGUGAACUUACAAGAAACGCUGCGCUCCCUCAAUGUAACAGAGAUAUUUAGUGGCGGCUGCGACCUUUCUGGAAUAACAGAAUCAUCUGACAUACACAUUUCUAAAGCCAUCCAAAAAGUUUGUAUUGAGGUCAAUGAAGAUGGCAGUGAAGCUGCAGCAUCCUCAAGCACGCAUAUGGCAGCAAUCAUGAGUAUGUCACAUAACCAGUUUGUGGCUAACCGCCCAUUCCUAUUUAUCCUGAAACAUAAUCCAACAGGUUCAAUUGUGUUUAUGGGAAGGCUGGCAAACCCUGACAUUCAAAACAUAAGGAGAAGAGAUAUGGAGUCACUAUAAUCAUAACAAAGACAGAAAAAAUGUAAUGUUCUAAAAUUAAAGUCUGAUCAUUACUA